AUUGCACCUCUUUCCCCAGGUGUGUACUGAAAACGAUGAAGAAAUAUUCAAAAGUGGUAGUAAUAUCCCUGGGAUUUACAAUUAUUUGGUUGGGAUUUAUUUGUUGCCUUUUAUCCGUUGUUGAUCUGUCAGGGGUGGACAAAAAUACAUUUAAAGCACCUUCCAGAAAGGUGCAUGUGCAGUCGAUCUCAAAUCAUAAAACCAGACGUGAUAUUUUACAAUCCAGGGCUACAACUAUGAGGUAUAGUUUACAGUCGAGAACCGGAGAAACAAAACAACCAGUAAACAUCACCAUUGUAGAUGAGCGCCAAAAAGUACUAUUUUACUGGAUUAAAGCAGCCGCAGAAGGACUGAUUCCCAAAAGGGACAUAACUCUGAUCCGUUUUGACAAACAUUCCAGUUUAGCAGCACCAUUUUUAUUGGAAGGAUUUCCGUUGAACGAAAUACCGACUCUAGAAAUGAUUAAAUACCUAUUGCAGUCCAACGACCAGUAUGUAAUGGCAGCUGUGCUUACUGGUCUGAUAAGGGAGGUAAUCUGGAUUUGGCCAAAAUGGGAUCACAGGAGUCAUUUUGAUAAAUACUCCCUCAGUCUUAUUCAGGCUGGCUUGACAAAUGUCAAGGAUAACAAAAAUAAGCAGGAAAUUUGUAUGUGCAUAUUUGAUUCUGACAGCGGUGAAAAUACGUGUUUCCACAAUUCCGUGUCAGAUAUGGUGAGUGGUGUCGUGAACAUAGACUACACGAACUGUGCAGUGGAGCAUACAAUAAAAUAUGUGGAGAUUAGUGAGGAGCUGGCUGCUGAGUAUUUCAAAAGGAAAUACGACGGGGGCAAAUCGAGUGAAGAAACAAUUCUGGAUAUAGAUGUGGACUAUUUAAACUUUAUGGAUGCCAAUACAAUUCUUUUCCAAGCUAAUGUUAGUCGGUUAGAGUUGGAGGAUCUCGAUUCUCAUUUGUCUCGUCUAUUUUGUCCGAAAGAUGGAAAAGAAGAAACUGUACUUGAUAAACUAAUCACUGAAUUCAUACAUUUUGUUAUGCUUCACAAAAACAGAAAUAAUUCCGUUUUGAAUACCAGAUAUACAAAACUUUAUGAAUAUGGAAUGAAAUAUUUCCGGGUGCAUGAUAACAAGUGGUUUCCACUGACUUGUUCCGUAACAGCAAGGCAGAAAAAUCUCUUUCUUAAACGUUUUGUGCGACAAAUAGUGACUCUGCCAAGUUCCCAUUUAGAUGUUAUAAAAGAAACAGGAUUUUGUCUCAGCACCGUGCGACAGAGUGUGAAAGAACUACCAGAGAAACGUUUCACACUUUGUGCAAGUGACAGUAACCAGUCGAAUUCAGAGGGGCUGGACUAUGAUCCUGAAACUAUAAGAGAAAGACUACAGAACUUCACAGACACAUUACAUUACAUAUCAAAGUCCCCUGUGAAGCUGGUGACGGUCUGUAGGUCUGUCCGUGAUGGCUACACACAUAGCGCAUCAGAGUCCUAUCUAGAGAGAUUGGUCCUCAAUACUUUACAAAAGAAACUCUCAAACACCAAAAUACACUAUGACCAGAAUCUUCUUGGAGGAAAAUUAGGGUUCAGAACAAACAAGAAAAAUUAAUUUUGUUUACCCUGAAAUCAUAUUACUAUAUACUAUAUUUGACCCUUUGAAUCCUAGGUCUGUCUCUUAUUUCUGUUUCCGUCUUUUUCUAGUUUCCACUUUAUUUUUUCCUGCUCACUUCUGGGAUAGGUCAUUUUUGUUUCCCUCCCGAAGGUUUUUCUAGCUUAUAAUUAAUCACCUUCGCCAAGGUGACCUGGAUAAGUUUGGCUUCACAUUAAACAAAACUGUAAAAAUGCUAAAUUCAAUAAUACUUGAGGAUAUUAUUAUUUAAUUAAUGAAAGUUACAAUUUACAAAUUAAGAAACGUUCAAAGGAAUCAAAGCCUUAGGUGCACUGAAGUUAUAAUUUUAACAUAAUUAUAUUUCUUGUCCCUUUGCCUCACAAUCAAGUGAGAAAGAAUUAUAUAUUUUAUAUAUUUUCAUUACUUCUUCGUGUUGCACAUUGAAACGAUAUAAAUCAGGAGCAGAGCAAACAAGGACCUCUAAAACAUAAAAGAUUGUACCAGGUUAGCAUCCCCUGUAAACCAGUCAAACCUGUCGUAUGCUCCUUAUCAUACUUCAGCAAAUAGAAAAAAAAUCCGAAAACAUAACAAUCCGGUAUGCGAUUUCUUAUGAAUUGUUAGCUAAAGCAAUUCUGUUACGCGCUUCUAACAACAAGCAGGCGAGGGAUGAUGUUUACUUCUUCAUGGCACCCGAACACAUCGCUUAGAGAUCACUUUUGGCACUCUUUGUAAUAAUAUUGCUCCACUCAUCUUGUUUUAACUGAGAUAUCUUAUGAACUCUCAUAAAUCGUAACGAUUAACAUGCAGCUAUGUUGAGAAGAAACUUUCAUAUCCAUUCAGUUUGGUGGAUUACUAGUAUUUUAGCAAAUGCUAAAUGUUAAUGCUUUUCGAAUAACUUUUAUAUCAUUAAUAUUACUGUUGACUGUUCGGUAGAAAAUUAGUUUGACUAGUGUCAGAUUCAGUAAGGAGCCCUCUAUCUUGUUUGUUUAAGUUUGCAUUUUUAAUUUUUAAUCAUCAUGGUUAGAUUAUCAUCAGCCUGACCAAGUUAAAUUUUUCUACUUGGGAUUAAGUGGUUUCAUAACUUAUGCAUAAGUAUAAUCACCAAACUUUCGAAAAAUACAUCAGUUUAAAAAAAUGAUUUUUUCAUUGUCAGCACCUAUUUAAUUCUACACCAGUUUGUCCGUAAAAUUGAUCAAUCUAUAUGACCAGAAUUUAAAGUGUGUUAGUCAAUAUACUAAUAUAAAUUUACUUUUCAUUUAAAUUUUUGUUUAAAUAAAGGAAACUCUCUCUAUCCUUUGAAUGGAAUUAUCGUCUUGAUAAGGGAAAUAUUCAACCAGAAGAAUUAGUUUUGUUCCCCCUUCCAUCAGCUUCUGUUAAGUAAGGAACUAAAGAAGCAUUUUUGAAAGCAAAUUGAUUAAGAAAAGAAAUCAAUAUAUAACCCGUAUACCUACUGCUAUUUUUGUUUCAUGACUUGUUAGAAAUUCCAUUCCAAUUAUUCAGGUAUUGUUCAAAUAUUUAGAAUUGAAGGAAUGAUGAAUUACCGAUACAAUGAAAAAGCACAAUUUUUGCAAUUCAGGACAAUCAACCUAACAAUCAGAGUAUUCAAAAUGUAAUACUCUGAUAUUUCUGUAUUUUUUGCAAAAUUUACUUAGUACAUAAUAUUGGCAGUGCUUUUGUCAAAGAAGAUGCAAUUAGUUUGGGUUUCCAAGCCUUCAUAUUUUAACUUAUUAAACUUGAUGAACAAUAUCCUUUUAACAAUUUUGUUAUUGAUAUUCAAUACAAAACAGAAAAAAAACCUAUUGUUUAUUUAUUCAAUGU